UCAAGAGCCUACAUCAAAUUCUCGCGCCCUACAACGCGACAUCAACUGAAACGAGACAAAUUAAAUUUGAGCAUUUGUCGGAAAGAUAAUAAUGUAUCGCUUGUCGCAGCGGCGUUACUCAGUCGCUACCGACCCAACGCCCGCCCGUCCAACUCAAAAUAAAAUGAGUAAUUAAAUGAAAAAGAUGCAAAAACUUAACAACAACAAAACAAACUAUUUAUGAUAUGCUGCUGACAUCUUCAGCGGAUGUCAGCACUGCCGUCGACGUCGCCACCGAUGUUGUUGUAGCAGCAAUGCUGCCGUUGCUGCUGCCAUCAUUGCUGCCGGCUAAUCAUUUGCAAUCUGAGUUUGCUCUUCAGUCAAUGUUUGCCAGUCGACAUUUUCGCGUGACACCCAGAAAACUUAAAAAAGCAUUGUUUUAACGCGUGCCGUCGUAGACCAGGAAAGAAACAGAAAACAAAAACAAAAUAACGCAAACAAAAUAUUUAUUUGUGUGUGAAUAAAAAUUUGCUAAUUAAAAAAUCGCCAAAAGAACGCCCGCACGUCACACCACCCCACUGUUCCACAUAAAUUUACAUUUUCGGUUCGCUGCUUUAGUUAGCACUUCAUUAUAUUUACACUGCAAACAAAAACUGUGGUGUCAUCUUCAUUUUGGCUUGUGUUUUUCUCUGCUUCGUGACAAUGAGAAAAGUUUUCGGUUUACCUUUGAAAACUGCCGCCAUUGUGGUCGGCUCCCUGUCGGUGUUGUUGUUUUUGUAUGCCAGCAUUCACACCACCUAUAAUUUGGUGCAAUUUAUGACACAGGAAAAAGUCACAAAUUCGGUGUGGAUCAUUGACCCGGAUACAGGUGAAAUAAGUCAUCGUACAGUGGCCGAUACGAAACUAGAUACAAACAGUCCCAAGGCCCAGUACACGGGAUGGAUAAUGGAUACAGAUACAGCCCCAUUUUAUAUUCUCUACGCCUGUCUGAGUUGGGCAUCACUAAUAGCAUCAAUAUUUCUAAUUGUUGGCGGAAUGAGAUAUAACAACAAAUUGCUACUGCCAUGGCUUGUAAUGGGUGUUGUCACACUGAUUGCCCUAAGUCUGUGUCUAAUCUACACCGUCUAUUUGUUCAUUAUCUACAGUCUGAACGGUUGGUGCGUCGAGGCAUCAAUGAUCAUUGUGCUGGUUGCAACAAUUCUAAUAUUGGCUUUGAAAAUCUACAUAUGGCGUGGCGUACAACUUUUCUACAUGGAACUCAUGGACGGCAACGAAAGGCGCAAAAUGUUACCCACAACUGUUCCGUUGUACUCUCAAGAUGAGUUUUUCUAUUGAAGCAAUUCGUUAAAUCAUACAAAGACUGGCCAUAUGGUUUUCUAGUUCCCCUUGAAGGUGUAAUUUGAAGAUAUCCGAUCCGAUUUUCUCAUUUAAUCACCAUAUUGGAAUGUCGAGUGGCAAACAUUUAACGUUUGACGUUAUUCAAAUUAUAAACUGUUUUAUGUUUUAUGAAUUAGUAUUAAAAAAAGUUUAGAUUAAUUAGUUUAGUGCAAUAAAAAUAAAGAGAAACAUUUGAAUAUAAAAAUUCAUAAUGACAACAAGAGACCCUCCACCGAUGCCUUCCUUUAUCAUCAUCAACAGCGGACGCCCACGAGAUCGUGUCAUUGUCAAAAUAUUUUAAUAGCCAAGAGUGACAGCUAUAAAGAAAUAUAUGUGAAA